UCUGCCUCUGCUUUUCUUUCAAUACCUUGGUCUGUAUUAUUUAAUUACGCAAAUAUAAACAAACUAAUCUUAUUUUUUGUUGUCAAGACUAGCACACUUGUUUAUGUUUGUGGCUGCGGGUAAUGGCGAUUUAUGGUUAUCUUGCAUUAUUUUCCCUAUUUUAUCUGUCUACAGCCAUUCAUAUAACAGUCGACCGCUCCGGGAAGGGCCAUUUUCAGAAAAUUCAAGAUGCCAUUGAUGCAGUUUCAUCGAAUAAUUCAGAAAACGUAUUUGUUUUGAUCAAACCAGGUGUUUACGAGGAAAAAAUUGUUGUUCCCGUAGACAAGCCCUUCAUCACCCUUAGUGGCUCAAAACCUGCUGGCGAAGUUAUAAUAACUAGGAAUGAAUCGGGGGAAAUUUUUGAGUCUCCAACUUUCACAGUUUUGGCUUCUGAUUUUAUGGCCCGUCACCUCACAAUUCAGAAUACAUAUGGGAGUGGGGCAAAAGCAGUUGCAUUGAGGGUGUCAGCAGAUAGGGCAGUAUUCUUUGGGUGUAGAAUUUUGUCCCAUCAAGACACGCUACUUGACGAUAAAGGAAGGCAUUACUACUACAAUUGUUACAUUCAAGGGGACACUGAUUUCAUUUGUGGAAAUGCGGCCUCUCUCUUUGAGAAGUGCCAUUUGCAUUCUCUUUCUAAAGGAAAUGGGGCCAUAACUGCCCAGCACAGACAGUCUCCUAAUGAGAAAACUGGAUUCACCUUUGUAAACUGCAAAAUAAGUGGCUUAAAAAGUGCUCUACUUGGAAGGCCAUGGGGUGCCUAUUCUCGAGUGGUUUUCGCCCUAACUUAUAUGUCAAACGUUGUAUUGCCUCAAGGGUGGGAUGACUGGGGUAACCCCUCAAAGCAAAGGACUUCAUAUUAUAGAGAGUACAAGUGUUAUGGACCUGGUUCAGGCACCUCUAAGAGAGCGAAUUGGUCACGCAGUCUUACAAGUCAAGAAGUUAAAUCCUAUUUGAAGAAAAGCAUCAAUGGUGGCAAAAGUUGGGUACGAGCGGCGCCACCUCACUUCCGGAGAGUUUCCGUGGGUGACCUCUCCGGCCAUGUUGGUGAAAGGCAGCCGUGACAGUGGCCUCGAGAUAGGAUUUAAAACAGCUUUUUGUUAACAUUUUCAUGCUUCCUAAUAUAUAAUAUGUAGUUUGUAACACUUGUUCAGGGAAAAUAUCACCUAUAAAUAAGUUUGUGUUAUAAACUAUAUAAAAAAAGGGAGA